AUGUCGAUAGCGGCCUUUCCACUCUCACCCAGAGAAGCUCUACUCCAGGCAUACCAAGGUCGCUCCCUGCACGAUGUUCCUGUUCCGGCAGCGGUUAUAGACGUGGCCAAGGUAAAGACGAACUGCGGCUCCAUGCUGAAUGCGGUCAAAGAGUUGGAAGUCAGUUUCAGAGCUCAUGUCAAGACUCACAAAACAACAGAGAUUACGAAACUUCAGGUCGGCGAAGAUUGCAAGGACGUGAGGUUGAUCGUGUCGACCAUUAUCGAAGCAGAGCAACUGAUUCCUCUUCUUCUGGAAUAUAAAAAGAGGAGCGCAAAGAUCAAUAUCUUGUAUGGUGUCCCAUUGGGCCCCUCACACGUCGACCGGCUUGCUCGUAUAGGCCGUCAGCUUGGCGAAGGGUCCAUUACAGUCAUGAUUGAUCAUCCAGAGCAGUUGAAAUGCUUGUCGUCAUUCAAGGAAAAGGCAGGAUUUCCCGCGUUGGUCUUCAUUAAAACCGAUUCGGGCUAUCACAGGGCAGGUUUAAGUCCAGACUCGAAGGAUAUGUUGGACCUUGUGCAUGAGGUUAGCGCCAGCGAACAGCAAGGUCACCUCUGGUUGCUUGGAUUCUAUUCACAUAACAGCCUCAGCUAUGGUGGCUCGUCGCCCGACGAUGCAAUGGACAUGCUCAAAGUUGAGAUUGACGUUUGCCGACAAGCCUCUCAACACUUCAAGAGAGACAACCAGAAGCCGCUUCUUGUUUCGGUUGGAGCAUCGCCAACUGCUCUUUCUCUACAAAACAUUUUGCCUUCAGCUCCAAGUUCUACUUCUUCGGCUAAUGCUCUUAAGGAUACACUCGAGUUGACCAAAUCCAAUCUGGAGCUUGAAAUCCAUGCCGGCGUCUACCCGAUUUUUGACAUUCAGCAGGUGGCUACCAGCAGCCGCAGCUUUACUUCGGACCCUCAUGAUACCAUUGCAGUAUCUGUCCUCGCUGAGGUCUGUUCUUUGUACCCCAGUCGGACCAAACAGCCUGAAGGACUGAUCUCUGCCGGCGCUCUCGCACUUGCAAGAGAGCCCUGCAAGGACUAUCCCGGAUGGGGUGUCGUAAGUCCAUGGAAUAUGCCAGAGGAUUAUCGCGCGACGAAGAAAGAUCGCAUCAUUGUCAGCCGCAUCAGUCAAGAGCAUGGCAUCUUGGCUUUUGAAGACAACAAUGUAGAGAACCGGGAGCUGCCUUUGCAAUACGGACAAAAGCUUCGCAUUUGGCCGAAUCAUGCAUGCAUCACUCUAGCAAUGUUCAGCUGGUAUUUUAUCAUCGAUACGGACACAGACAACCCCAACAAUAUUAUUGACGUCUGGGUAAGGUGGCGAGGCUGGUAA